AUGGAGGAGUUCAAUUUGUGUAUUGAUACUUGCGGGUUUUUCGAGAUGCAAUCCAUUGGGAGCUCCUUUUCUUGGAGUAAUGGGCAUCAAAACAUAACUCCUAGUUGGGAUCAUUUAGAUCGAUCUUUCUUGAAUGUGGAGGCUAUGGAUGCCUUUUCAGAUGCUACUUUGAAAUAUAUUCCCCGCACAUCAUCGGACCAUGCUCUAAUGGUUAUUAAUUUGGACAUGAGUGGCGCCCCUUAUGGUUACCCAUUCUUCAAGUUUCAGCAAAUGUGGACUUCGCAUGACAGUUUUUCGAAACUUGUUUCUCAAGUUUGUGAGGAAGAGACCAUUGGUUUGGGUCUAUUCAGAUUGGCUAGUAAGCUUAAACAGCUGAAAAUUGCUCUGAAGGUCUGGAAUAAACAUGUGUUUAGGAGGAUGCAGGUACAUAUUGAAGAACUGGAGUCUCGUAUUGAAAGGAUAGAGGCCAGUUUGCAGGAUGGCUAUUCGGAGGACUUAAAGUCUGAUUUAUUGGCAUCCUAG